AGAGGUCUCUUCUAACCCUCUUUGGCAACAAGCUAUGCAAGAUGAAUUACAAGCUCUUGACAAAACUCGUACAUGGGAUUUGGUUGAUCUUCCUGCUGGAAAGCCUCUAGUAGGUUGUAAAUGGGUGUACAAGAUCAAAACUCGGUCUGAUGGUUCCGUGGAGUGUUACAAGGAUCAUUUGGUUGCUAAAGGAUUUACUCAGGAAUAUGGGAUUGAUUAUGAGGAAAUUUUUGCACCUGUUGCUCGUCCUACUUCAGUUCGUAGUUUGAUUGCUAUUGCUGUUGCAAAAAGAUGGAAAUUGUUUUAGAUGGAUGUGAAAGAUGGAAAUUGUUUCAAAUGGAUGUGAAAAGUGCCUUUCUAAAUGGUGAUCUUAUAAAGGAAUUUUACAUGA